CGCGCUGCUCUGUGUCGGCACAACGUCGCACGCGCAUACGAUCGGACGAAAUAUCUACUGUGUUAUAAAACAAUAAUUAAGUACUAUUUGGUUAAUCAUUAAAAUAAAAGUGACAAACUUUUCGAUUUACUCUAAAAUAGAUAAUAUCUACUAGACGUAAAAAUAUUUUUAAAUAAAAGUUAAAAUAUUAAAAAUACAUUUCAAAUAUUUAAAUUUGAAAUUAUUUAAAUCCGGUGUAAUUUGUUCUAUAUUUUAAAUAAAAAACUUUCGAAUAAAAACUACUUACUGUGAUGUGUUUUUAAAAAUCCAAUAAAAAAAUAUCACAAAAAUGUCUAACGUACCCUUAGUACGGCGCGCUAUCGCUGGAGCUGCGUUGGCGCAUAAUCCCAGACCCGAUGUGAAUCCACUAGUUGUGGACCCUACCCAGGAGAACCAAUGGACCCCUGCUGCGUUGGAAAGGGCCGGAUCGACCCUCAAGGCACUCAAUCGGAUGGCCAAACGACCCCCCGUACACUUACUGUUCGAAGAUAUCAACUACACCGUCAGUUCUUCUAAAGGUGAAAGAGAAAUCCUCCACAGCGUCUCCGGAGAGUUUCGCUCAGGGGAGCUUACUUGCAUCCUGGGACCAUCAGGCGCCGGCAAGUCGUCACUCCUCAACAUCCUGGCUGGAUAUGUAUCAAAUGGCGUUUCGGGCAAGAUCUCGGUGAACGGCCAUGCCAGAGACAUGCAGAUCUUCAAGAAGUUGUGCAGCUACAUCAUGCAAGAUGAUCUGCUGCAGCCGAGACUGACUGUCGUCGAGUCUAUGAGAAUCGCCGCCGACUUAAAGCUUGGCAAGGAGUUGGGGAAGGCUGAGAAGGAACUGAUUGUGGAAGAGAUCCUGCAGACCCUGGGUCUUUGGGACCAUAGACAGACCAUGUCCGAGCGUCUGUCCGGUGGUCAGCUGAAGAGACUUUCAGUAGCCCUGGAGCUGGUCAACAACCCGCCCAUCAUCUUCCUGGAUGAACCUACUACCGGCCUGGACGUGGUCUCUAUCAGACAGCUGGUGGUGCUACUGCGCCUGCUCUCGCGCCAGGGUCGCACGAUCAUCUGCACCAUCCACCAGCCAUCAGCGUCCCUGUUCGCGCUGUUUGAUCGUGUCUAUGUCGUGGCUCGAGGGAUGUGCUGUUAUCAGGGGGCAGCGCCUCUGCUAGUGCCAUUCCUGUCAGAAGUGGGCCACGUGUGCCCCACAACACACAACCCGGCAGACUUCGUGCUGGAGACCCUGGUGACGGACAUGGAAGCAGCAGCGCAGACGUCUGAGCUCUGUCAGAACGGGAAACUAUGCAGGAAGCUCGACAGGAUCACCGCUAGAGGCGGACGCAAACCGGUCCUGCAUUCGGACGACUCGAUCCAGCGCAUCUUCGGAGAGCACGUGGCCAAGGAGCAGCUCCAGAAGAUGGAGUUCCCCACCACCUUCCUCACGCAGUUCCUCAUCCUCACCAAGCGGAUGUUCAUACAAAACAAGAGGAAUGCCACGUCCCUGUGGAUCCAGCUAGCCCACCACGUGAUAUCAGCCUUGCUGCUAGGCAGUAUCUUCUUCAUGGUCGGCAACAAUGGCAGUGUCCCCAUCGUCAACUUCAAGUUCUGCCUCUCUUGUCUCGUAUUCUUCAUGUACACCUAUAUUAUGAUUCCUGUCUUGCUGUUUCCAAUGGAGGUGCGUCUCCUUCGCCGUGAGUACUUCAACCGCUGGUACAGUCUCAAGGCUUACUACGCUGCACUCACCUUCGCCAGCCUUCCUGUUAUGGUGUCGCUGGCCAUGGUGUUCAUAGUGAUAGCGUAUGUGAUGUCCGGCCAAGUGUUGGAGUGGCAGCGGUUCAGCUUGUUCUCCAUCACCGGCAUCAUGAUCGCGCUCUGCUCUGAAGGGCUCGGGCUGGCUGUUGGUUCUGCUUUUAGCGCUACUAACGGCUCCAUAAUAGGCCCAGCGACUGCAGCGCCACUCUUGGCCCUUUGCUGCUACGGAAUGGGCUUCGGGCGUUUCAUAGAGCCAAGCAUGCGCGCCUUGAUGUCAGGCUCCUACCUCCGAUACGGUGUCGCAGGGUUUUCCCUAGCCCUAUAUUCCAACAGGACUUUAAUGGAAUGCCCAGACACCUUCUGCCUAUACGCUGACCCUAAAAUGCUUUUAAGAGAUCUGGGUAUGGAAAAAGACCUUUAUUACGUCCAAUUCGUAGCACUCCUCGUGUUCACGAUCGUGCAUAGAACCGUGGCAUUUAUAGCUCUAAGAUACCAACUAACUUCGGAGUAUUCUAAUAAGUUCUUAACUAGGAUUAGUAGGUUUAUAAAACACAGUUAAUGUAUAGGUUUAUAUUUUAAUAGUUAAACUCUCUGUUAUUUGGCAAGCAUUCGAGGAUUAUUUUUAUAUAUUUUUUUACUUAGUUUUAUAGCGUGUUGAAGGUUAAAAAUAUCAUAAAGUUGCUCAAUAAAACAUUAAGUAGGUAUCUACUUUUUUGUAAUAAUAAUUAUUAUAUUGUUUUAUUAAACUUAUAAAUAAGGUAUAAAUUACUUAUUCUUUUGUACUUAUUUAAUAAUAAUUAAACUUAGUAGUUAUAAGCAAUGUGGUGAAUGUAAUAAAUGUAAUAGUUAAUAUUAGUUACAGAAUGUUAUAUACAUAUAAAUACAAUUAAGUAUACUGCGCGGUCGAUAAAAGAUUUUCAUGGAAAUUGUUUGGUAGUAAGUAAAAUGAACUUACAAUACGUUUGAGAAAAGGGGAAUUAAAAACGCCACAUCGAAGCAAUUCAUCUAAAAAACCAAUAACACUAUUUUACAUUUGUUUGCAUUAGGCACUUACUUUUAUACAAAUGUCAAAUUGCAAUGUUGCUUUUUAGAUGAAUUGCUUCGAUAUGGGCUUUUUAACCCACCAGAAGAAACUUACGUCGCUUAAGAGCGAGUAACAUGCUUCAAAGGCAACUUUUUAAAUGUUUCAAAUGUUCUUAAUUUCUGACGUCACACUUCCAUGACAUACUGCUUUUUCCACUCUUUGUCAAUUAAGGUCCUCAUACUCUCU